AGUGCCGGUGCCGGUGCCGGUGCCGGUGCCGGGCAGACGCGGCAGCGCAGCGCAGCGCAGCGCUUCGGCGCUCCUUUCGUGCCGUCUCCCGGCCAACCUCCGCAGCGGCAGCACGAAGCCGCGGGGCGAUCUGCCCAAAGCGGCGGCUCCGCGCACUGCUGCGGUGCGGUCACCCCGCGGGGCACCGAGCGGCUCCUUCCCGCGCUGCCCUGCCGUGCCUGCAGGCCCCGAGCGUUGCUGUUCUCCGCCUCAGGGGCUCCCGAGCUCAUGCAGCCUGCCGUGCUGCUACGGGGCACUCCCGGGCGCAGUGGCGAGCUUUGGCACCGCUCGUUCGUGCUGCCUCAGGAACGGAUCCUGCUGCUCAGCAACACCUCUUUGGCGAAAAAAUACCCGCUGAGAGAGGAGCGAGGAAUCACGCUUACGAAACAGUUGGCUUUUAUUGGGUCGCCCACCACAGGCUGGGUGCAGCUCCGCCUCAGUCCCGCUGACGUUCCUUUCACGUGUCCUUGGCUUGCAAACAGGCGGCACGAGGACGAGGAGGAGCAGCAGCAGCAGCAGCAGGACGACGACGAGGACGAGGACGACGACGACGAGGACGAGGAGGAGCGCAGCCUGCGGACGGCCCUCCAGGAGCUGCGGGUGGACGCGGCGCGGUGUGAGAGGACUGCAGGAGGACCGGCCGGUCUCUCACGGCACGGACGUUCCAGGUCUCCUGUCCUACCCCUCUGUGAAACAGCCUCGUGGACUUCUCCCACAUCCUAUUCUGAGGAGGCUCCCACCUAUGUCGAUGAUGUGACUGUUGAAGACCUGACAGGAUACCUGGAACACCACUUGUAUAUUCCAAAGAAAACGUCUGCCAUGGCAGCCUCACAGUAAGGAACUUCUUCCCAACACCUGGUCUAAACAUACACUCUCCCACUUCCACGCUUCUUCCUCUUCAUGCAACCCAGGCUACGCUUGGCCUUCUGGGCAGCGAGCACACCUUGCCAGCUCGCGCUCAAUCUCUCAGCAGUCCACACUCCCAAAUCCUUCUCCACGGGGCCGCUCUCCAGCCAUUCUCCACCCAACCCACGUCAGUGCUUGAGAUCACCCCGACCCAAAUGCAGGGCCUUGCUCUCGGCCUCGCUGAACUUCCUCACGCUGGCAUGGGCCCACCUCUAAGGCUCUCCACGUCCCUCUGGAUAGCAUCCCUUCCCUCUAACGCCUCACCUGCACCACUCAGCUCAGUAUCGCCUGCACACACGACGAGGGUGCACACGAUCCCACAC